AUGGCGGACCGGUACCAGGCGUGGAUCGAGGGCGCGGCGGCGGAGCGGCCGCAGCUGGCGGCGGCGCUGGCGGAGCUGGGCGAGCUGUAUCACCGCAAGCUGUGGCACCAGCUCACGGUGCAGCUGGAGCAGUACAUCGAGCAGCCCGAGUUCCAGGAAGGCGGCUUCCUGGUGGCGCUCUACCAGAACUUUGUCGCCGGCUUUGCACACAAGGUCAACCUGCUCAAGCUCGCCUUCUUCGCAGUGGCGGUGGGCAAGCAGAUGGCCAGCCCAGAGGAGGGCUCCGCCUUCAUCCAAGACGUGAUUGCCAACCUGGAAGCCAGCAAGCAACCAGACACGCAGCAGCCCAUCCUGUAUCUGCGCAUGCAGCUGGCGCAGUAUGCGCUGGUGCAGGGGCGCCUGCAGGACUGCAAGCGCGCGUUUGAAGCGGGCAGGGAGGAGCUGGACGGGCUCACAGACGUAGAUCCGCAAGUCAGCGCCAGUGUGUACUAUGCUGCCUCGCUGUACCACAAGCAGCAGAAGGAGUAUGCACAGUACUACAGAGCCACGCUGAUGUACCUGGCGUAUGUGUCUCAGGACAGCCUGCCGCAGGAUUUCCGCCAGGCGCUGGCUGUGGACAUUUCGCUGGCAGCGCUGCUGGGCGAGGAUGUGUACAACUUUGGGGAGCUGCUGCUGCACCCCAUCAUCAAUGCGCUGAAGGAGGGCGGCUUUGGCUGGCUUCUCGAGAUGCUGGAGUGCUUCAAUUCAGGCAACAUCCACCGGUAUGACGAGCUUUGCACACGGCACGCAGUGGUGCUCAAUGGGCAGCCCGCCCUGGUGGCGCAUGAGCGGCGGCUGCGUGAGAAAAUUACCAUUCUCUGCCUCAUGGAGCUCAUCAGCAGUCUGCCGCCUGACCGGCGCACCAUCGCGCUGAGCACUGUGGCCGACUGCACAAAGCUGCCGCUGGAUGGGGUCGAGUUCCUGCUCAUGAAGACGCUGGCGCUGCACCUGAUCGAGGGCGUGAUUGACCAGGUGGAUGGAAGCGUGCAGGUGUCCUGGGUGCAGCCACGCAUCCUCACGCUGCCACAGAUCGAAGGCUUGCGUGCGCGGUUGGACGGCUGGGUGGACAAGGUCAGCGGUGCAGCGCUGACGUUGGAGAAUGAGGCCGUGGGCAUCGCACAGACUAGCUAG